GGGAGGCGCGAAUAGUCGGGCCGGCGACCAGCUACGCCUCGUAGGAAGUCAUAAUUUAUCUCUCAAGCUCAAGGCCGGUGCAUAUCGUUCGCCACAAUCGCGUGGACGCGCGUCGUCGACGGAGCGAGUCGCUUCUACUUCGCAGCGGUUUACCGACGGCAACGUGUUUUGCUCGACUGUCCGAUCGUGUUCCUGGUUUCUGUAACGGAAAGCUCAAUCCGGGAGGAAAAAUGGAGCCGCGAUUGGUCUUGCUGGGGCUGGCAGUGCUCAUCGCAGGGUCGAAUAGCGACGCGAAGAUCCUGACGGAGUGCGAGGCGACGAUCGAGCUGCAACGAGCCGGCAUUUCCCGGAGCCUGCUCAGCAACUGGAUCUGCCUGAUGAAGAGCGAGAGCAGCAUGGACACUCGACUGGUCACCGGCCCGAAGACAGCCUCCAGCUACAGCUACGGCGUCUUCCAGAUCAGCAGCGCGAAAUGGUGUUCCAGAGGGCACGCCGGUGGCCUCUGCAACAAACGCUGCGAGGACUUCGCGAGCGACAACAUCCAGGACAGCAUCGCCUGCGCCAAGAUGAUCUACGAUCGAGAAGGAUUCCAGGCCUGGGAGGGCUGGGUGAAGAAGUGCAAGAACAAGCCCCUGCCCAACAUCGCCAACUAUGAUGCGCGGAGCAUCGCGUCGAUCGACAGCGGAAACACGGUGGAAAUGAAGACGGCGCAAUUUUGGCUGACGGUGGCCGUCGCGACGGCACUGUUGACGCCGGGACAGGUGCACGCGAGGAUCCUGACGAAGUGCGAGGCGACGCACGAGCUGCAACGGGCCGGCAUCUCCAGGACCUUCGUCAGCAAUUGGAUCUGCCUGAUGGAGAACGAGAGCGGGAUGAACACGAACCUGGUGACCGGCCCGAAGUCGGCCUCCAGCUUCAGCUUCGGCAUCUUCCAGAUCAACAGUGCGAAAUGGUGCUCCCGAGGACACGCGGGCGGCCUCUGCAACAAACGCUGCGAGAGCUACGCCGACGACAACAUCCAGGACGACAUUGUCUGCGCGAAGAUGAUCCUCGAGAACGAGGGAUUCAAGGCCUGGAGCGGCUGGGUGAAGAAGUGCAAGAACAAGCCCCUGCCGAACAUUGCCAGCUGCAGGAGAUAAUGAACGAUGCCUAAGUACUCUACCAGGAGAUCUCUACGAGGAAGGAUGACUCGAGGAAUGACUGAUUGGGUGUCCGCCAGUUCAAGGCUAUCCGGCGAGCGUGCGUUGAUCGCGACGAUAAAACUGUACACGCGAAUUUGUCUCUCGCGUACCGGGCAGUCCGCGAUGUUCGCCUCCGCGACGCUCGGCGCCGCGAAUUCACGGAGUUGCGUCACGAUCGAAGAACUUUUGAAUAAAGGAGAUACAGAGAAAACGUAGUACGCGAACAUUGUUGAUCCUCGAACGUUCGCGUUAAGCUGGAAAAUACGUACGAUUCACAAGUUUCGUUAGUUUCCUCGCUCGAAUCGAUUUCUGUCCACAAAAUCCUGUAACGACGGGCAAAUUUUGCGAACCGAUCCGAAAUCAGCGCGUCGAAAUCUACAGGAACGUGAUCAGAAAAUCCAAAUGUAAAUGUUAUCAUUAGAUAAGUCAGAAUUUCGUUGGAACACGUCAAGUUCAACAGAACUUUUCAAGGCUAGCAGAUACAAAAAAGUAAAUGCCGUACCUUAAACGGCGCGUUUCGAACCUAAGGCAAACAGAUAGCGUCGCUUUAUCUCGUCGCUGUAAAAAAUGUUCUUUUCAUUUUGACGAAACUCUGUCGUUUCAGCCUGCUGGAGCGACGUCGUUGCUCGGUGCAUCUUUCAGCGCGGAAAAGUCAUCGGAAAGGUUCUUAGCUCGCGCCCAUCGUUCGCUCGCGAGUGAUCGCGAUGCAGCGGUAACUUUCCGCAUAGCAUUUCUUUAUCAGCGUAAUUUCGUAUUCUUUGGAGAAAAACCGGUUAGAGGUAACGUUACUCCGCCACCGCGAUAGAUCGGCGUUCCGAUAGGCCGAAUGUUUGCUCGCGGAUUAGCGAGAGCAAUCAUGGCGCGUUACUUUGUCAGUAUUGCUUUUUAAACCGCAGCGAUAUCGGAUAAGGUAGCGUCGUCGCUAUUCGACUCGGUGUCGGCCGUAUCAAUUCGGAUUACGUAACGACGCCUGUCCGCGGUUGAAACGCUUGCGACUAGCACGGUUUCAAAACAAUAGAAACAACAACGCCGCUUGGCGGUUGGGUCAAGCAUUUUAACGGACAGCACAAUGUCCACCGUUCGCGAGGCGAUAAGUCCGCAUGCAUAUGCGCCGAUUAUAAUAUUCGCAUAUUAACGGGGGAACGAUCGUUCGUCGCUCGGCGACGCGGAAACGUCCGCGUUGCGCAAGGGGAUGUUUCCUAAACGCGAUUACGUUUAGGCCAGAUUUAGGCCAGAUGCGAGCCGCGCGACGAUCCGAGAUCGGACUUGGCAAGUCAAAUCGGCCGAAAUGAAACGGUUUAGAAAUCCCGGCCGUUUUACAAUGACCGAAGAACGCGUGACCGGACUCCGUGAAUCACGUCCCGAUUUCGUGAAUCGCGGCAGAUCCGACCGUGAUACCAGCUCGUCGUUUGCAUACAUUAAUGUCCCGCGCUGGAAUGCGGUGUAAUUAAAUUUUUUACUUGCACGAUGACGGCGUCGCCGUUAUCGAGGACACCGGGCGUAAAAAAAUACUGGUUACGCGAAUUACGCGACGAAAUGUCAAGACCACGGAUGUUAUCGAGAUAACGGGUUAAGAAUAGAUACUCGUCGUCGUUCGAUGCCCGAGUUUCGGGGCACCCAUUUUCUGGCCACCGACACAAGAUCCGAAAACACGAAACUCCAUUUUCCUUUUCUCCAUAUGCUGAAUUUUGCACAAGCUGAUUCCGCUCGUAGCUGGAAUCGUUGCAGUUUUUCGCAUUUGUCGCAAGAGACUCGAUGCACUCGGCACUCUCGUUCUUCCUGUGUUUUUAAUCGCUCAUUCGUUUCGUAACUGCAUCACUCGAUGGUAGUGAGUAUAGAUAGAUUUGUAUGCAGAAAAUAAAUAUUCUCGAUAUUUGUUA